GUGAGCCCCCGCCCCCCCCCCCCCCCUCCGCUCCCCUCUGCUCGGUGUGCGGGCUGAGCUUUGAGGGGCUGAGUCGGUGGAGGACCACAUGUCGGGGCGCAAGAGGGAGAAGUGUUAUGAGUGCGACGUGUGUGGCAAGGCCUGGGUGAGCCCGAGCCUGCUGGAGACCCACCGGCGGGUGCACACGGGCGAACGCCCCUUCGACUGCCCAGGCUGCGACAAGAGCUUCAUGUCGGCACGGGACCUGAAGAGACACCGGUGGGUGCACACGGGCGAACGCCCCUUCGACUGCCCAGGCUGCGACAAGAGCUUCAUGUCGGCAGGGGACCUGAAGAGACACCGGCGGGUGCACACGGGCGAGAGGCCCUAUGGCUGCUCCACCUGCGGCAAACGCUUUGCCCAGCGGUCAGGGCUACGGAGGCACGGGAGGGUGCACACGGGAGAACGCCCCUUCACCUGCUCCGACUGCGGCAAGGGCUACAAGAGGUCCACGCACCUGCAGGAGCACCGGCGCACCCACACCGGGGAGCGGCCCUACACCUGCGGUGACUGCGGCAAGGGCUUCACCCGCACGGACAGCCUGCUGGAGCACCAGCUCACCCACACCGGCGAG